AUGACUAUUUUCCUCGCGCCGACGUCGGGUAACCAAACGGAUCGCAAAAGGGGCACUCAGAAAAAAAAAAAAAAGAGAAAAACGAGCAAAGCGAGGAAAGCGAUCAAAGCGAUCAAAGCGAACAAAGCGAUCAAAGCGAUCAAAGCGAUCAAAGCGAACAAAGCGAUCAAAGCGAUCAAAGCGAACAAAGCGAAUAACCAGCGAAACGAAUGA